UCACCAUCAACUGUAAACAUUCUCAAUAAUGAGGGCAAAGAUUAUAUACUUUAUGGAACUAUUACAACAAAUACAUGGAAGUUGCGUAUUUUGUUCGACGAGAUGGAGUUAAGUUACAAGUAUGAAGACAUUGAUAUCUUUAAUCCAGCAAGUGAGAAGAGAGCCGAGUUCAAAAAGAUAUUCCCAAAUGGAAAGGUACCUGCUUUGAUGGACUUCACACUCAGCCCACCCCAGCCGGUCUUUGAGUCUGGCGCCAUCCUCCUCUACAUUGCAUCCAAACAUGGCAAGUUCCUCCCAGACAUCAAGACUCACCCAAGAGAGCAUAGUGAUGUCCUACAGUGGCUCGCCUGGCAGAUCUCUGGCCUCGGCCCAAUGCACGGCCAGUACGUGCACUACGCCCUGUUCGCCCAAGACGCUGUGCCCGCUGCCGAGGAGCGUUACUACCGCGAGACUGACCGUUUAUACUCUGUGCUGGACAAGCACCUUGAGGGCAAGCAGUGGAUUGCUGCCAAUCAGUACUCGAUUGCCGACAUGGCCGUGUACGCCUGGGCAAUGUACCUCCCCUAUGGAUUCGUUCCCAACCACGAGAAGUUCACCAAUGUGUUGGCCUGGUUGGACAGAAUGAACCAGCGUCCAGUCCUAGCCAAGUUGAGACCAAUCAUCAACCACAUCAUCGAAGAGGAUGUCAAGCACUUGAAGGCUGUUGGCACCUAUCGUGUGAAGGCA